AUGACCUCUCGGGACGAUUUCGAAAUCUGUAUCAUUUGUGCUUUACCUCUAGAAGCGAACGCUGUUCAGGCUCUAUUCGAAGAGGUCAAGGAAGAGAAUCCACUCGGGAAGGCGCCAGAUGAUACAAAUACAUACUCGACAGGUAAAAUUGGUAACCACAAUGUGGUUUUGGUAUACAUGCCUAGUAUGGGAAAAGUCCCAGCAGCUGGUGUGUCAGUGAACCUGAAGCAGAGCUUCAAAAAUAUCAGAUUGGCCUUGCUCGUUGGGAUCUGUGGAGGCGUUCCGGGAACGACGGCCGAGGGUGUAAUGCUAGGGGAUAUCAUCGUUGGUAAAAAGAUUGUCCAUUAUGAUUUCGGACGACAGUAUGAAAACGGUUUUGUUAUGAAGGAUGGACCAGAGGAUAGUUUGGGUCGACAGGGCCCUGAGAUCAGAAGUUUUGUAAAGAAGCUGGAGGCUGGAAAGGAAGCACUUGGGAAGAAGCUAUCAGACUACCUUGGCUCCGCGCUCAAGCACUGGGGUCCUGAGAAGAUCAAUAGCCUCGAAGACAUUCUUUUCCCCUCAGACUAUUGGCAUGUUCACCAAACCCCAGGCUCAUGUUCCGAUGGGAGAUGUCGAAACCAGUCCGACCUCUGCGAAGCCGCCUUGAAGGCCUCGUGUGAAGAUUUAGGGUGUGACACGGCCGAAUCAGAAAGGCCCCCAGAGCUGUUACGUCGACAGAGCCCUAGUAUCUAUUUCGGUUCAGUCGCCUCUGGUGAUAAAGUCAUGAGGUCUGCUACCCUGCGCGAUAGUAUUGCGCGAAGAGAAGGUGUCAUUGCAUUUGACAUGGAAGCUGCAGGAGUAUGGGAUUAUCUUCCAUGUAUCUUGAUCAAAGGAGUCUGUGAUUAUUCAGACAGUCAUAAGAACAAGGAUUGGCAGGAGUAUGCUGCGGUUGCCGCCGCGGCUUUUACAAAGGCAGUUUUGGAACAAUGGACUUCGAGCCGUUCGGGCGAAUCGUCUAAAGCUGCUAAACCUCGAGGGGGUCCUGUUUUCAAUAACAACAACUCGAAGAUCGGAAAUCAAGCAGAGACUAUGACCUUUAGCGGUAAUACCACGUUCUCAUUUUAA